UUCCGCCUCUUGGCACUAUAAAGUCGUGCUUGUCGCAUUCUCCACUUCCGACCGCGCUAACCUUUUGUUUGUACCUCUACUCUCUCACAUCUCGCUCUCCCUCUCUCUUGCUCUCUCUCCUAUCGCUACAACUCCCGUGCCAUCGCGAUUUUUUCUACAACCCGCGAAGACAAUCAUCUCUUCUCUUGUCUCCUGUCAUCUAAUCAGGUGUCUUGGCUGCCGUCAGUCUUCGAAUCGAUUCAAAUUAGUUCUGUGAUACCACAGAGAGUACUCUUUUCCCGUGGUCGUUGUUACCGUCACUGCUCCCUAAACUACAAUCACAGAGAUCAGCCUCUUAUCUUUUCCCUACGCGUUAAACUCUUUGUAUUCUGGUUCCCAGGGAGGUUUCUUAUAAAGCCAGCGACCUCAAAUGGCGACCCCGCCUCCCGAGGCACCUUCUGUCCUUAAGGAGGAGAAGCCUCAGCUUCCUCCGUCGCCAAACGGUGCAUCUGAUGAUGCGACCGGCAAGGGUGGGCAGGAUUCUAUAACCGAUGCGAAGCCAGACGCAGGGACCAAUGGAGACCAGAAACCCACCGAGGCCUCUAGCCCGGUGAAUGGCCAGCUUCCUGAGAAAGCUUCUUUCACAAAUGGCGCAAACAUGACCACGUCCCCUCCCAAGUCGCCUGCUGCCACUGCGGCUGAUACCCCGACCCAACCCGCCGCGCCGACCAAAGAAGUCGAGCCCUCCAACUCGGAUACUCCUGCGACGGAAGAUGCAAAGGGAAAAUUUGACGAUAAACCUGCUGCAGGUGGAUUGGAUACCCAAGAAAAUGCAAAUGCUGCUUCAGAGGCUGCAUCUACAGACCAGCACCCGUCGCAGGACGAUUCCAAGCCAACACCAACUGAGGGCAAUACCACGCAGGUAGAGGACGCUUCGACGGUUAAGACCGCACUACCUCACCACCCUCCUACCGUUGCACAGCCCGGAGGUAUUUCGCACGAGGGCACUCCGGGCACUCCCAGUAACGAUGCUGCGGUCGCCGCGCCUCAGCAGAGUACUGACCAGGAGAUGCGGGAUGCGCCCGAAGUUCCGGCUUCCCCUACGAAAGUGUCCAGAGAACGUGAACCCGAACCGAGUGAUGAACCUGCCGCGAAGCGCACAAAGAUCGGAGGGGAGGACACGGCACCCACGGAGUUCAAGGUCCCGACCCUUCCCACCCCCACCGCAGAAGGACCCGCGAGUUCCACGGUGAAUGGCCGGGAUGGAAUGACCAAGGUCCAGCACAAGUUUCUUCUGAAGGGCAUCCAGAGUUUGAAGCGCAUGAAUGACGCGCGGUUUUACCGAGACCCUGUCGAUCCCAUCAAAUUGAACAUCCCCCACUACCCGACUAUCAUCAAACAACCCAUGGAUCUAGGUACUAUCGAGCGGAAGCUGAAGGCCAAUGAGUACAAGACGGUCCAGGGUGUUGUGGAUGACUUCAACCUCAUGGUUCAGAAUGCAGUGACGUUCAAUAGCGCCGACCACCUUGUUUCCAAGGAGGGCGAAAGACUCAAAGGCACUUUCGAAAAGCAGAUGGUCAAUCUACCCAAGGCCACUGAAGUGGAGGAGAAGAAGCCCAAGAAGUUGUCCACCAAGACGUCAGCAGCCCGCCGGGAGCCCCGGACCAGUACCGGCAGUCAGCCCGCGAGCCGGGUCUCCGAGAGUUCUCCCCAGACAACAACUUUCGCCUUGGGCCCGGAGGGCCUACCUCUCAUCCGUCGCGAUUCGACCACGGUCGAUGGCCGCCCUAAGCGUUCCAUCCAUCCCCCGAAGCGUGAUCUCCCCUACUCCACGAAGCCGAAGAAGAAGAAGUACCAGUGGGAAUUGAAAUUUUGCCAGGAGGUUCUGGAUGAUCUCUACAAGCCGAAGCAUUAUCUGUACGCGUCACCGUUCUACGCGCCCGUCGAUCCGGUCGCUUUGAACAUCCCUACCUACCACAGCAUCAUCAAAAAGCCCAUGGAUCUCUCCACCGUUCAAUCAAAGCUCAAGACCGGCCAAUACGAGAACGCCAAGGAGUUCGAGACGGACGUACGUCAGAUCUUCAAGAACUGUUACAAGUUCAACAUUCCCGGCGAUCCCACCUAUCUGGCCGGGCAGAAGUUCGAAGAAGUUUUCAACGCCAAGUGGUCCCAGAAAGGGCGCUACCUGGAGGCGCAUGAACCACACCCAGAGCCCCAUAGUGCUUCCUCCUCUGAAGAUGAGAGCGAGGACGAAGCCGAGGAAAGUGAUGUCUACGAUGACGAGAAACUCACCAUGCUUCAGAAGCAGAUCGCUGAGAUGUCACGUCAAGUGGAUGCUAUCACUCAAAAGAAAAAGAAGACGCCUCCUCGGUCUAAGAAGGCUGGGAAAACGACCAAGUCUGGAAAGAAGGAAAGCAAGAAGUCCUCGUCCGUCACCGUUGGCAAGAAAGACAAGAAAAUCUCGUCCAAGUCGUCCAAGCCUGAGAAGGAGCGUUGGAUCACGUACGGCGAAAAGCAGAUCAUCUCCAAUGGCAUUAGUAGCCUUCCGGAUAAGAAGAUGCAGGAAGCUCUCAGGAUCAUCCAAAGCAACGUUCCAGCUCUCAAGGGUACUCAAGAGACCGAGAUUGAGUUGGAUAUUGAUGAGCUCCCCAAUGAUGUUCUGAUGAUGCUGUUGAGAUUCGUCAAGAAAAAUGCUCCGCAUGUCAUGGAAGACGAGGAGGUCCAAACGCCCAUUGCGCAACAACCGGCUCCUCCCAAACCCAAGAAGAAUAAGCCUAUGAGCAAGUAUGAACAGGAAGCUCAGAUCAACAUGCUUGAGAGCAAUCUGUCUCGCUUCCAGGGCGGCGGUGGUCGUUCUCCCGACCCAGUCCCUUCGGUUGAAGCCAACGAAAGCAGCGAUGACUCAGACGACGACUCCGAAGAGAGUGAAGAAGAAUGAAGCAGCACGGGGACUGUUCAAAGACGCGGCUUUACACCGGGGUAUCUUUCCGACCAAACCCGUCGGGUUGGUUGCUAGCUGCAACAGUUCUGUUCUUGUUCCACCCCUCUCGCGUGCAGUGCCUGUUGAUCUCACAAAUGCCUCUGACCACACCAAAUGGGCAGCUAUUAUCUUGGAUGUUCCGUUCAUCUACCCGUCCAGGACUUUUCUGUUCUGUCUCCCCUUUUUCGUUUCCCUUUACUGGUUGUCGGUCAAGGUGCA